AUGCCCCUUUCCGACGGCGUCCCCUCCUCGCCCCCAGGCCCCAGUACCUCCCUCGAAGACUCCCUAAAAUACUACAAGGCGCAAUACGAGUCACUCGAGGCCGAACUUGCCGAAUUCCAAGCAUCCAGCAAGGAUCUUGAGGCCGAGUUGGAAAAGGAUAUCGAGGCAUCGGAAAAGCGCGAACGCCAAUUAAAGGAGAAGGCAGCCAAUCUCCAGUAUGAGGUGGACGAAUGGAAGACCAAAUACAGGCAGUCCAAGACCGAAGCAUCCAGCGCUCAAAACACCCUACAAAAGGAGAUCACCGAACUCCGAGAUGCAAAUCGAACGCUCCAAAUGCGACUGCGUGACAUUGAAGUCGCCAACGAUGACUUCGAGAGAAAGCAACGGAACACGGAGUCGUCUCUAGAGGAUAUGGAAUCAAAGUACAAUCAGGCAAUCGAGAGAAGCGUUUUGUUGGAGGAGGAAAUGCGCAGUGGCGAGCAAGAACGAGAAAGCCUGCGAAUUGAGACCCAAAGGCUUCGAGACGAACUAUCCGACCUGAAGAUCGAGAGCGAUAUCACCAAGGAAAAGCUGCGCAAGGCUUUGGAGACACUGGCCCGACGAGACAAGACUCUGAUGCUGCAUCCCAUUACAAUAUCAUCCGCUUCGCCUCGAUCUGAGCUGUCACCCACCACCACCAACGCUUCUUCCCCGACUUUCGACACUCCUCCCACGAAGGCACCUUCAUCCUCCGGCAUUUCCGACGCCCCGACACCCCCUUCCCCUCCAAUAUCGGACGCAUCGGCUAACGUAUCCAAGCCGUUUGCAACACCACGACUUCCCAAGGUUCGACCCUCGCUCAAUGGCACUGCCUCGACACACCGACCCACUGCUUCCACCUCCGCCGCCACCUCCAACAACAACGUACCGACCAGACCCCAUGGGCAUGUCCGAGGCACAUCAGUGGCUGCAUUGUCACGAACGGGGCCUUCAUCGACGUUCCGGCAAAGCCUGUCCAAAAAUGGGCCGGUGGCUUUUCGACAGGCAGGGUUGCCCCAAUCGACAUCUAUCAUCCAUCUUAGGGACUUGCGCGGGAAGAUGCAGAAGUUGGAGCAACGCGUGCAAACUGCAAGAUCGAAGCUUCCGGCGCCGGUGCAUACGCCGCCAAGGGCUUCCCCUAGGAGUGGAUCGGCGCUGGGCAACCACGUUCCUUCGUCUGUGACGGUUCGGACUCGCAAGCGUACUGGUGGGAGCACCAUCAGCGGGGUGGAAUCUCUGCCUGAUAAGGGGAAGGAGACUCCGUCUGUCAGACCGAAAGCAAGUCGACCGUCCUUGAAUCGGCAGCCUCCCUCCCCGAGCAGAGGUGGAAUGGCCGCACCUCCGCUACAUAGGCCGGCAUCCAGAGCCAGUGGCAUAUCAGGGCGGUCCUCGUUCGCGCCAAGUCAUAGUCGUCCAGGUAGUCGGGCCAGCGUGUCUGGCUUCCGGGUUGCCUUGGGCAGUGGAGUCGGGUCAAAUCAUGCCCCCAACGCCUCGACCGACAGGGUUCGCCCGCAAAGCAGCCUGAGUAGCUAUGGGUAUGAUGGAGCGCUAGAUGAGGAGAGCAGCAUCAUGCCAACCCCGACGGACUUGACAGACGUGGUGACUCCGACACCGCGCCGGACCACGUUUACAAAACGAACAAGUGAUGUCGGCUCCGCCAUUCCGAGUCCGACGAAACGGCCUAGUCUGGGUGGCGCUCCAACACGAGUACCUGGUCUUGCCAGGCGACAGAGUUCUGGAUUUGUCCGUGGCGACAGCGCGGCUGAGAUGAGGCCGCCUUCGCGACAGUUGAAUAAUGUGACUGAACGCUACGACUUGCACGAGACGUUUUGA